AUGGCUCUCUCUCACCUGCACAUGGACAUAGCGACAACCCCUAUCCAUAGUUUAGCAUAUCUCUUUGAAGUUGAGUUGGCCACCAUAUUUUUGAACUACAGAGUUGGUCCAAUUGAGAGUGUUCAUGGUCAUGUGAUUCACAUACCAAUAAUAAUGGAAGCUAAGUUCUUUCGCUUUCUUAAGAUUGUCGGUGUUGGUUUCAAAGCCAGAGCUGAAUUAGAAGGUCGGCUCUUGUAUCUCAAGCUGGGAUACAGCCAUGAGGUUGAACUUACUGUGCCUCCAGCUGUUCGUGUGUUUUGCUUCAAACCCAAUAUAGUUUGCUGCACUGGAAUUGACAAACAAAGGGUACACCAGUUUGCUGCUGCUGUUCGAAGUUGUAAGCCUCCUGAAGUUUACAAAGGCAAGGGUAUAAUGUAUAUUGAUGAAGUUAUCAAGAAGAAGCAGGGAAAGAAGUCCAAAUGA